GUGACAGCAUGGACCCCAAAAGCUCUAAGCUUUUCCAGGGAGAUUGCAAAGGAAGAACAAUAUGUCAUGUCACCAUGAUCAUGGACCUUUCGAGGGAUAUUAUGUCCGAAAUUCUUUCAAGAUUAUUAAUCAAAUCCAUUUUUCGUUGUAAGACGGUUUGUAAACUCUGGUAUAAUCUUUUAACUUCUGACCCUUUAUUUUUAAACAUGUAUCACAAAAGAUCAUCAUCUAAAUUUCCCAGUCUUUUGCUUUCGAUUAAUCUCUCUGUCCGGUUACUUGUGGAACUCAAAGCAGAUGAUUCUCAUCCCCUAAAGAGAGCCAUUGUGUUGAGCCCUAGAUUUCACCUCCCUUCACCCAAUUUGAGAUUAAUUGGUUCAUGUAAUGGGUUCAUGUGUUUGUUGAAUGGUUGGAGGUAUGACUUAGACCAUUCAAUUUACAUUAGCAAUCCUCUUUUGGGUGAGUAUUUCGAGGUUAAAUUGCUCGAAUGGGAGAAAAGAAUUCAACGUGUUGCUUACGCAUUCUGCUUUAGUGAAGCCUCUGGACAAUAUAAAGUAUUGAGAUCAGUAGUUAGAAAGUUUGACGGACCGCAAGUAUCAGAACUGAAUGUUUAUACUCUUGGAGUUGAUGAAAAAUGGAGAUAUGUGGGUCAGGCUCCAGUACCUCUUCGUGAAUCAUUUAGUAACGCUAACGUCAAUGGUGUUGUUCAUUGGAUGAAUUGCAGAAAAAAUGACAGCAUUUACUCCUUUAACAGUUGGACAGAAGAGGUGAAGUCCUUUUUAGCUCCCCGUUGUCUGGAAAUUUCAUCCCACUUGUUGACGCUAGUAGAGUUGAGGAAUUGUCUAUGUUUGUGUAAUUCUAACCAUAGUGAGUAUGUUGAUAUAUGGUGGAUGAAAGAGUAUGGAAUAGCUGAAUCUUGGACUAAAGAUCGCAUUUUGAAGGAUAGUAUUCAGCCAGAUAUACGUUGUGAUAGAUUUAUACCAAUCUCAACUUGGAAAGAUGGAGAAAUAUUGAUGCGAAGGGAUAAAGGCACACAUGUAGUUUCUUACAAUCCAAAAGAAAACAAGUUUGACAAGGUCAGAGUGUACGGUGGAUUUUCAGCGACAAGCUACAUGCCAAGUUUUUACUCACUCAAGACUGUCAUUGGGGAAAAUUUUCAAGUCUCAUAUGCUUAUCCGAAGAUAAAGAUAGUUUAGAUAUUUAAUUCAUCUUACUUACUCCUGGAUAUUAUAUUUAGCUUUUAUAUAAUUUAAGAUCAGACAACUUUUACUGUUUUUUAUGGAUGCUUUCGAGGUAUGGUACAAUUCUGCUAUAUAGACAGCGUGAUUUUCC